UUUUGGAGGUGAGUCAUCACAUAUAAAACCAUUUUCGCCGAACCCAAGAGUGAAGAGUUGUAGUGGAUGUUGUUCUUUAAUGGACAAACUCAGAAAAUCCUUUAAAUCACUCUCCGAUCAAACCCAGAAACAACUAGAAGAACGCCAAGUCCUCUUGAAUCAAAACGCCGAUCACAUUCACAUUCACAUGCCUCACUCCGUCGAUUCCGCUGAUCAAGUAGUCAUCAAAAUCAAAGGCACCGAUGCUACCUCGGAAACAGAGCCCACAUCACAGACUUCACCGCCCAACAAUGGCGCCGAGAAAGCUAGCAAGAUUUGGCGAGACGGUAGUUACGAUUUCACAAACGAUCCGAGUCAACCCAACAACGAGUUUGAUUUCUCCACCGAUUCAUCUCCGUCUCAAAGCCCGCCGGGCUUGACGAGAAUCGCAGAGAGUCCAACUUACGCUCAGAGGGAAGUUAGGGUUUCGUUUAACGAGACCAUUGGUGAGCCGGUCCGGCGGCGGUCCAAUGCAGCCACAGCCGCCGCCUAUGGCGGCGAAGAGGACGAGGUGGUGGCGUGCAGUUCGAACUCUUCUUUCCGGCGAAAGUCGGUCUUGUUGAAGACCAAAACGAAGUCGAGGCUUAUGGACCCUCCAGAGCAAGAUCAGAGAUCUCAGAGGAUGUGGAAGUCUGGAGUGUUGAAGUCUGAAGUUUUGAAGUCUGGAGUGUUGAAGUCUGGAAUGUUGGGCAAAGGAAGUGAACUUGAUGAGGAUGACCCAUUUUUAGAUGCUGAUUUGCCUGAAGAGUAUAGCAAGAUGAAGUUAAGUACAUUGACUGUGCUUCAAUCGGUUAGUUUGAUUCUGAUUAUAGCUGCUUUAGUGUGUAGUCUUUCGAUUCCGAAAUUUAGGAAGAAGAAAUUGUUUAGUCUUCAAUUAUGGAAGUGGGUGCUAAUGGUUCUGGUUCUGAUCUGUGGUCGAUUGGUGUCUGGUUGUGGAAUUAGGAUUGUUGUGUUCUUUAUAGAGCGUAAUUUUCUGUUGCGAAAACGGGUGUUGUAUUUCGUGUAUGGGUUGAGGAAUGCUGUUCAGAAUUGCAUUUGGUUGGCUUUGGUUUUGAUUGCUUGGCAAUGUAUAUUCAACAAAAGAGUUGAGAAGGCGACUAAUGGAAUAGUCUUGCCUUAUGUCACCAAGAUUUGGGUGUGUCUUCUAGUGGGUACCUUGAUUUGGCUUUUGAAGACACUCUUGGUUAAGGUUCUUGCUUCAUCCUUCCAUGUGAGCACGUUUUUUGAUCGAAUUCAGGACAAUUUGUUUAAUCAGUAUGUAAUUGAGACACUCUCGGGUCCUCCUGUGAUCGAAAUUCAGCAUGAACAAGAGGAGGAGGAGAAAAUCAUGGUUGAGGUCCAGAAGCUUCAGAAUGCAGGGGCUACUAUGCCUGCUGACCUCAGAGCCAAUGUUUUUCCGAGGAGUGGGAAAGUGACAGGGAGUGGAAGGCACCAAAAGAGCCCCAAAGCUGCAAAGAGUCCCAGAUUUUCUACAUCUUUGUCCCUGAAAAAAGAUGAGGAGAUUUCAAUUGACUACUUGCACAGGCUGAAUCAGAAGAAUGUAUCCGCUUGGAACAUGAAGAGAUUGAUGAAUAUGGUUCGGAAAGGGGUCCUAUCGACUUUGGAUGAGCGCAUACAAGAUUCGACUGGUGAAGACGAGUCCUCAUUGCAGAUCACAAGUGAAAACCAGGCAAAAGUUGCAGCCAAGAAAAUAUUCUGCAAUGUGGCUAAGCCAGACUCCAAAUAUAUUUGCUUGGAGGAUCUUAUCCGCUUUAUGACAGAGGAUGAAGCUUUGAAGACCAUGCAACUUUUUGAAGGAGCAAGUGAAGGCAAGGGUAUCAGCAAGCGAGCUCUUAAGAAUUGGGUGGUUAAUGCAUUCAGAGAAAGGAGAGCCCUUGCAUUGUCUCUCAAUGAUACAAAGACGGCUGUAAACAAACUCCAUCAUAUGUUGAAUGUCGUUGUAGGGAUCAUCAUAUUGAUUAUUUGGCUUCUUAUACUUAAAGUUGCAAAAACCAGUUUCUUUAUCUUUUUAAGCUCACAACUUCUUUUAGUGGUUUUUGUGUUUGGAAACACAUGCAAGACGACAUUUGAGGCAAUCGUCUUCUUAUUUGUAAUGCACCCAUUUGAUGUAGGCGAUCGUUGUGAAGUGGAAGGAGUUCAGAUGGUAGUUGAAGAGAUGAAUAUAUUAACUACUGUCUUUCUGAGGUUCGAUAACCAAAAGAUCAUAUAUCCAAAUAGUGUGCUAGCUACCAAGUCUAUUGGUAAUUACUAUCGUAGUCCAGAUAUGGGAGAUGCAAUUGAUUUCUGCACCCACAUCUCAACUCCCUUGGAAAAGAUCUCUAUGAUGAAGGAGAAAAUAAUGCGGUGUAUUGAAGACAACUCCGACCACUGGAACCCUGCUCCAAUGAUAGUCAUGAGGGAUUUAGAGGACAUGAACAGGUUAAAAUGGUCAAUUUGGCUGUCGCACAGAAUGAAUUUUCAGGACAUGGGUGAGAGGUGGGCAAGGAGAGAUCUCUUGGUAGGGCAGCUGGUCAAAAUGUUCAAGGAGCUCGAUAUUCAAUACCGUAUGCUGCCCCACGAUGUGAAUGUCCGCAGCAUGCCAUCUUUGACUUCAACCAGACUUCCUUCGAAUUGGACAGCAUGUUAAAGCUAUCUUACAUGAAGAUCAAGCUACUUUUGAAACACUGAUGACAAAUAGCAGUGUUCAAAGCACUGGUGGAACGGGUAAGAGUUAAUUUCCUAAAGAAUUGUGGGAUUUAGGGUAGUGAUCUGUGGGCAUUUAUGCUCUAUAAUUAGAGAAAAAAAGUGAAGAUAUUUGAGGCUUUAAAUAUGAUAGUUUACAAAUUAUUUAGUUUUCUUUGUAUAUUGAAAUUUAAUGCUACAAUUAACAUGUCGUGAACUUUCAACUAAAACGCAUGAAUGUUCUGGUAAAUUUGUCCUGUGAAUAUUCUGGAGUAAUGAGUUACUGCAUUUGCCUUUUCGAAAUGGGUGGACCCGGGGUGGGGUCAUGUGUCGGCCUAAUUCGUUAUGGAGCGCCAUGCUGUGGGCCCAGAUAUUCUCAAUAAAGGCCCAUUGGUGCAGGCCACCUGUUGGGCCCACCCGAGGAUUGUUUCGAUGUCUUUUGUUUCUUUUUCAUUUUACUCCAUUGUGAUGUUGAGAUUUUUUAAUUUUACAAGGACCUUGUGAUGUGGAUAA